UCGGACUCCGAAAGCAAGACUCCUUAGAAAAUAAUGAACAACAAAUUUGAUGCGUGAGUUAAUAUUUUGGUAAUGCAUGCGCAUCUGAGCAAUCUACUGAACGCCUUUAAUCAUUAACCGAUUAAUUAGAUGGUGACCGACGGCUACGCUGAGUUAAAUGAGAGGCUAAAAGACGAUGACAGUGGAGAGGAUCAAGCCUCACCUAAGGACAGUGAAAAAGAAAAACCCGAAGAAGACGAUAAAGACCAGAACAUUGUAAAGAAGAAAAUGGUAGUUCCAGGGCCAGGAGAGCAUCCCCUUCAAUACAACUACACAUUCUGGUACUCGAGGCGUACUCCAGGGAGGCCAGCCAGCACUCAGAGCUACGAGCAGAACAUCAAACAGAUCGGCAGCUUCGCUUCAGUGGAGCAGUUUUGGCGUUUCUACAGCCACAUGAUCCGACCUGGUGACCUCACAGGUCAUAGCGACUUUCACUUGUUUAAGGAAGGCAUUAAACCCAUGUGGGAGGAUGAUGCCAAUAAGAUGGGUGGAAAGUGGAUUAUUCGCUUAAGGAAGGGCCUCGCGUCUCGAUGUUGGGAGAACCUUAUCUUGGCCAUGCUGGGUGAGCAGUUCAUGGUGGGAGAGGAGAUCUGUGGGGCUGUUGUGUCCGUCCGCUUCCAGGAGGACAUCAUUUCUAUCUGGAAUAAAACGGCAAGCGACCAAUCGACGACAGCUCGCAUCAGAGACACAUUGCGCCGAGUCCUUAACCUGCCUCCCAACACCAUCAUGGAGUACAAGACACAUACAGACAGCAUUAAGUAUAGCAUGGGAAGACUUCCAUGGACUGGUGAAUGCUAGCGGCGGACGUUAGCCCCUCACACGGAGAUAACUCUGCGAAGAGUUGGAGUGUAUAUGUGGCGUGUUGAGGGGUGAACGAGUCCAGGGCUGGAUACCUCUGCGUGGAUCGGCACUGUGCAACACGAGGACCGAGGACGUAUCCACAGGAACAGAGGACCUGGAGAUCAUUCCCUAUUUUUGUCCAAUUUGAUGUUUGAAUGGAAAGAGAUGUCAGCGAUCGGUAAAGGAAACCAAAGAGAGAAAAAGUCGGUCAACCAGUGAUGAAACAAGACCUUCAUUAUUGCUUGCAAGUUUUAACAUGUUAAACUUGACAACAGAGGCAGGUUGUGUGACUGCUGUCCUCUUAUCUAGCUGUUUUUACCCGACAAAGUUUACUUGACAAAAUGUGUUUCAUAUAAAAAUGGACACCAUUUAUUGACAGAUUUCAUCCAGGCUGUUUACACAAGUCUGUGCUAAGGAGCUUUAGCGGGACUCAAAACCAGUGGAUGAUGAUUUAUUACAGUGAUUUUUUAACACCAUUCCUCAUUCUUUCUGAACACAAUGACCUUUAUUUUCAUGUUCAUUGUGUAUAUACUGCAUCAUCCAUCAUAUCCUGUGGUGAAGAGAAAGUUGUACGAGGGCUGUCUUGCAAGUUCACAACUAGCUGCCAAAUCACAGUGGAGGAGACCUGUGGACAUCUUUGAUCGGUUCAAGGUUAACGAUGUCUUCAAAUGGUUCUUGGAAUAGACUUUUCCCCAAAGGCCCAUUUUAAAGGCAUGCUGAAACCAACACUUAUCACCUUUUACAGUUUAUCAACAAAAUAUAUGAACUUUGCAGAGGAUCGGGGUUUGUUUUUCCAUUUCAUGCUGGACAGUAUUUCUUUUAAAACUUCUGAAUAUGGUGUUGAAGGUUGUUUCUGCCCAAACUGUUGGUGCAAAUGAUUGAAAA